AUGGCGACGCCAACAGCCAUGAAGCACGUCGCCUCGCAGCAGGGCCGCACGCCCUCACAACUCGCUGUCGCAACGCCUCCCGUAUCUACACCCUUCUCCAACCCCGCUCAUGCCGUGUUUUCACCCCGAGGGCCGCGUUCGUCGCCGCAGCAGUUUAAGAAGUCUCCUGCUUCAACGCUCAUGGCGGCGCAAGCCUCCAAUGCGCCCUUAAACUUCGACAGUCCAUCUACAGCGGCAGCUAUGGGAGCCCUUGGUAUUGGUGCUGGUCUUGAUAUUGGCCUCGACAAUGUUGGCGUUGGCCUUGGGAAUCUGGGCGCCCUUGCGGAGGAUGAUAAGCUGAAGCGUCUGGAAACCAUUAUCGAGGUCUUGAACAAAAAGAAGGGACUCGUCAGCGAAGCCGGCUUGGAACGUCUAGCGCAGCGAAUAGGACUCGACUGUCUUUCAGAAGACCACACAGCACCUGACGGCCGAAAACGAAGAACCCUUGUCAUAGCAGGCUCAGCCAUUCAGUUGGAUAUUGCGUUGGACAAUAAUAUCGUCGAAAACAUCUCGCUUGCUUUUCCAGAGUCUGCUCCCUCGGUCACCAAGCACGUCGAUCAAGCAAGUCAGAUCCUCCUCAGAGAUCUUCAACUGCUUCCAAACCAAAGCCCAUUGACUAAAACCCUCGACAAAUUCGCCAUCAAUCUAGAACGACUAGCAAUUCUAGACAAGCUCAGCAUCAUUCCAGGACUCGACUGUCAUGAGGCUCUGGCAGGCAUCUAUGUGAGCCUGGAGAGACUUUACCAGUGGGACGUGGCCCAACUCAGCCAGGAGCCAGGAAUCAACAAGUCGCCCAGUGCGCUAUCCGUUGCAGCCAUGUGCACGCGGCAUGGGUUCCCGAUUAUGCACUCGAGAGAGCGAGUGGGCUUGGCUUUGCAGUAUUGGAAGACCCUACGACUUAUUCAACCAACAACCGACAAACUCGCUUCAUUUGCCGAAAAGCGAGAGAAGGUCUGGUCACUCUUAAUCGGUUGCGCUUCUAUGGGUGGCAUCGGUCAUCUGCCUGUGAGGGUCUCUGAGGACUGGAUUUCCAAGAACGUGGUGACGGCUGAGCCGACCAUGGAUCCCAGGAAGCCGAGCCUGGACUGGCUAGAGCCCGAUAAUGUUGUUCUGCCCCCAUCCGAAGAGAAUAAGGACGCCGGAAUGGAAAUGAUUCAACCAGAUCUCUCAACGGCAAGGGUACCUCAGGUCAUGUUUACCGUCACGUUUGACCCUCCUGUCAUUCUCCCUCAAAACGACUGGAUGCGGUUGCAUGCACUUGCGAACGUGAGCGCUCCGCCCAUCUUUGGAUAUCCGCCCACCUUUGACAGCUUGUUCUUUCCUGUGCCUCCUGGCAGUGCUCAGGAUCCCAGUGAGCUCCGGACAAUCACUCGUCAGCGCGACGUCCGCGUAUAUGACAAGGAUCAGAAGCCAUUUGUCAAGUCUCACCGGAACUCGUUGUUCAUCUACAAACCUAUAUAUUCUCAGGUCGUUACCGAGAUGCCCUUCUCUCACCCUCGCCAGCUUAUCGACAUGCUCCCCUUGCUUCGGCAAUAUGCUUUCAUUUCAACCUUGCUCGAAAGCAGCUUUGGGUCCGAGACGAAGGAAGCUGAACCGCUACCCAAGCAAGGAAGCGCACCAACCCCUGCACCCAAACCCAAUGUUGCCAGCAAAAAUGAGUUGGCAGACUUUAUGGACCUUUCUCCUGCAGCUCCCGAGACGUCGGCCAGUGAAGAGAUCAACUUGGAUGUCACUCUCUGGGUCCAUCCUACUCCUCAUCUGCAGGUCGUCUUCCCCUUCCGCAACUCGACGGCUAACGUCACGCUCAAGGUGCUCGAGGACGGAGUAGUGGAGGUGGCUGAUGAGAACGUCAUCCCUCAAGAUGAAAACGCCAAGAUGAAGAAUAAGGAGCUGACGCGGUCGGACCUUGGCAGGGUGCUGGAGCACAUGGAGGAUCUCUGCAAGUGGACUGAGUGGAUCCGUACACGUCUUGCUUGA